AUGGCUUCGCGAGUGUGUGAGUACACACCCCACGCCACACUUGGGUCGCGCACUGGCACUGACUCUGUACUCUGAACCCACGCAGUCUCCUCAGCAGCUCAGCUGGCUCGGUCCACACCGGCGUCGACGGUCAGUCCGAGCGAGAUGCCGCUCUGUCGUGCUCUCCAGCGACGAGGCUGACCCUCUGACCCUCACACUGGACCCUUCCUCCCUUCCUACAGCGCUCGGUCAGCUCGGUCAGCUCGGUCCCCUCCAGUGUCGUUGUCCCUGCGACGCAGACCAAGAAGGUCUUUACACCCAAGGGGCCCGGAGGAAGGUGAGUCAAGAGGCAGAGCGGGCAGGAGCUGCGACGCCGGCCGACGCCAAUGGGUCGAGACUGACUCCUCCCCCUCCUCCCUCCUCCUCUCUCCAUCUCUCCACUUCCACAUCUAGGCACUCGUCAACGGGCCAUGUCGCAACCGUGUUCGGAGCGACCGGCUUCUUGGGUCGUUACCUCGUGUCCAAGCUGGCCAAGGCGGGCACGCAGGUCGUCGUGCCGUACCGUGACCAGGACGAGGCGUACGUUGGGAUUCUGAGGCUCGUACAACGAUGUCCGUUCAACUUAUUGAAGCUAAUGUUCGGCGCCAUCUCAUCGGGCAGUCGCCACCUCAAGGUCUGCGGUGAUCUCGGUCAGGUCGUCCCCAUGGCAAGUCUCCCACCACCCACAUCCCGCCCGCGCGCCGACCUCUAUGCCUCCGCAGGAAGUGCAAUCAUCUGACAUGAUCAUCAUAUUCCCCUCCCGUGUAUAGGAAUGGGAUUUGAAGAACGACACCCAGAUCGAGGAAUGCCUGCGACACUCGGACACAGUCUACAACCUUGUCGGGCGGGAUUACACGACCAAGUAUGUUGGGGUAGCCGUACCAUCAGCGCGGGCACCUACCUGUGCGGUUUCGGGACUGACACAGCCUUUAUCGAUCACUACUCCCCAGGAACUUCUCCUUUGACGAUGUGCACGUCUCGGGUGCGCGCCGCUUGGCCCGCAUCGCCCACAUCUCGGGUGUGUCGCGCUUCAUUCACCUCUCGCACCUCAACGCCGCGCCCGACUCGGCGUCGCAGUUCUACCGCACCAAGUUCCACGGCGAGCAGGCCGUCAAGGACGCGUUCCCCGAGGCGACGAUCGUGCGACCGGGGUGGAUGUACGGCCACGAGGAUCGCUUGCUCAACACGAUCGCCGUUAGUCCGAGUGUGUUCAGGGUCAACCAUGGGGAGACGAGGAUCGCGCCUGUUCAUGUGAGUGCGAGCGAACGAGCAUGUUUGAAAUAGGAACCAACCCCUAAAUCUGAUCUACCUUCCACCAGGUUAUGGACGUUGCCCAAGCGCUCUCGAUUAUGCUGACCGCUCCUUCGACCGCGUCCUCGACGUUCGCCUUCUCCGGCCCCCAAACCUACACCUUUGAACAACUCUUGCACUUCGUCGAAGCCCUGACUCUACAAAAACUCUCGGGCCCCAACUUCCCCAAACCCAUCUUGGCGCUCGCCGCUCGUCUGUGGGAUCUCGUCUGGUGGCCUACGCUGAGCCCCGAUGAAGUGACGAGGAGGUUCAUUGAUGAUGUGCAGAUUGAGCAAGGGUUGAAGGGGUUCAAGGAUUUGGGCAUCGAACCGGACGUGUUGGAGGACGUGGCGAUCGUUUAUUUGAGGAGGUAUCGUUCGAGGUGAGUUGUCGUCAGAUGGGGUGGGGAGCGGGCAAGUGAUUGGAGCAGCGCUGACUUUGCUUUCAUCACUUGCACUCGCUCUACUUGUGCAGUUCAUACUUUGAUUUGCCCGUCGCUUCGGGCGGGAUCAAGUUGAGGAGUCAGAAGUACCACGUUGUCGAAUAG